CCUGCUAUCUGCUCCGGUGACGCCGAUACCGCUCCGUCCGCAGAUCGGGUUAGUGCACCGCGUCGCGCCGCUAUCAGAUAAUUCAGAUCCGCCGAGCUAGUACCGACAUCAGUACCUGAAGAGGCUGCUUAGUUUUGUUGCAAGUAUCGUCCAAGUCAGUGGUUACAGACCCUUUCUUGACUUUGAAUGAAAGAGUGUAUUUAAUUUUGCAAAUAUUUUCCGUCGGGGAUUACCUACAGAUUGAUUUUUCUUUUGAAAAAUAUACUUUUUUCGGGGACUUGCGAAGUGAAAGUUCAGUAAUAGUGUGUUAAAUAGUGCUGUUAGUGAUAUUGUUCUGUUAUUGUUAUGGAGGGUAAAAUGCUAUUGUGUAGCGUUCUUGUUUGAGUGAAAGACAAAUUCGCACGAGUAUGAGUCAGGAAGUUUUACAGGUGGUGCCGGAAAAAGUGACGAUGCGCCAUCCGGAGGGCUCGUGGCCCAACAUCGCCGACAUCGACGAAGAGGAGCAGGCGGCCAUCGUGGCGAGCAAGAAGGGCCGGCGCAAGUCCUGGCACGCCAUCAAGUUCGAGCGCAAGCGCAAAAAGGACCUGGACCUGGACCAGUUCGGGUUCCCGCCGCAGGUGCGCAGGGAGAAGCGAGGGUCCUGGUGGAAUAUUUUCGCUAACGCGCCUAGGUCACGCCGGGCAUCUCAGGAUAUUACCAAAGUUCCAAAGGAUAUUCCUUGGAUGCGGAGCAAAAGUCGAAGCGUUGACCACGGAAUAUCAUCGCCAUAUGAUUUAGCUCAUCUUCGAAGCCAAGUUCCCAUCGACAGAGAUCUCGAUGGUUCGACGAACAGUUUGUCGGAGAGAAGAAGAACAGGACCUCCGGAAAACACGACCACAUACACAGUUGCCGACAGAGAUACAUUGACGUCGGUAGCUGCCAGGUUCGACACUACACCAUCCGAACUGACCAAAUUAAAUCGGUUAGGCACACCGUACAUAUUUCCUGGUCAGCAAUUAUACGUACCACUUAGGGAGACUAGUGAGAACGAAUCGGAAGGUUCGACGCCUGUUGAAGAUACUCAUGAUGAUUUACCUCCAGAAGAGAAAGAACUGUUGGAUAAUCUCAGGCCCGUUAGUCCGAAGCCGGGUCACGUGGAGAGGGUACGGACCCCGUCAUGUACCCAGGGUUCGUCGACGGAACAGGAAGAUGAACCCAUAUCGGUGUUCAGAGAGCGGUUCCUCAAGAUCAACGUCAGACACAUUACCGAUGGGGAGGGCGUUGUCUGUGGAGUGCUGCUGGUUACCCCUAAUGCUGUGAUGUUUGAUCCUAAUGUUUCGGAUACACUAGUUAUUGAAAAAGGUCCCGAAGCUUACGGUGUGAUAGCCCCAAUGGAAUUUGUGGUUAAUAUUGCCAUAUACAAUGAUAUAGCGCAUAUGCGCGUCGGCCAUAUCGAGGCUACCAUCAACGACAAAGCGGAAAUCUACUAUCCCAAAGGAGAAAAGGAACACGACUCGUUAUUGGUCAAAGACGAAACAUUUCCAGAAUUGGUGACUGGUACUGAUGAUGCUGAGUCUGUGUGUUCAUGUACAGAACGGGAAGGGGACGCUUUUCCGAAGGCGUUCGACAGGGAAUUGGUCACGCCGACAAAUCUGGACGACUCCGAACCGUUCGAGAACAAAACGUUAGAAGAGAGAAGAAAGUCGCUGUUGGACCACCAUUGGCCGAUGACUUCGCGCGACAGACAGUCAAUUGAUACCGAUGAAAUGCCAGCUAUUUCAACGUCUGUUCAUGAUAUCGAAGAAGAAGCCGACAACAAUGAUGUAAAAGAAAGUUGCCAUGAUUCAGGAAUUGAUAUCAGAGAAACACCAUUACCACCUAUUGCUCCAAUUCCUGUCAAAGAGCAUUAUAGCGAUGCAGAAAUAGUAUUAUCAAAGGAUUGGGUGCCUCCUGUCACAAUAGCACCUACACAUUCGCUGAGCAGCGAUACAGAUAGCCCAGCGCGAAAGAAGACCAAUAGCGUCUCCUUCAGCCUGGAUUCCAGCAGCGAUGCUGACACAUCGGCAGCGCAGCUUUCCACAAGUUUACUUGAUUCCAAAGAAGAUUCCGAAAAGUCUGAAAGUAGAAAAAAUAAGAUGUUAAAAAGACUGUCCUAUCCACUGUCAUGGAUGGAGAAAGAAGAUGAAAUUGGUCCUAGUCAUCCGCAAACAGCGGACCCCCAGCAUUCCUCGCUAUUCUCAAAAGUGUUUUCGAGGCGAUCUUCGGUCGGAACCUUUAUCAGGCAGCCAACCGAGAUUGGAGAGAAGAAGAAAAAGGAACCGCCACCAAAGCUAGACUACAAAUCGAUGGUUUCGGUGGAGGACAAACCUGGAUUAUUCGUACCUGUAGAUAAACUCAUACCCAGACCCGCUCGUUCCUGCGAAGAUCCUCCUCUUUACCUCAGAUUGAGGAUGGGCAAGCCAUUGAACAAGAAAAUUCCCCAAUCGACGCCACUGAUGUCCUACGGCAAGAAGAAAAUGCGACCCGAGUACUGGUUCAGCAUACCCAAGAAUCGCGUCGACGAACUGUACAAGUUCGUGCAAGCCUGGGUACCACAUCUUUACGGCGAACUCGACGAAGAUAAGGUAAAAGAACGAGGUUUUGUACUUGUAGACAUAGAUACAGAGCUGUGGAGUGAGGAAACAACACCAUCCGCUAGUCGUCAUGGUAGUCAAGGCGAAGAACUCGCCGAACUGACCAAAGAAAGUUGGGAGGCGCUGCCUAUGUCUGACGAAUUUCGCAGGGCCUACAAAAGCAAAGAGACCUCGUCGUUGGAUAUCGACCUGUCCCCUCCCGAUCUAAUCGGCAAAACAGAAAUCCUCACCGACUACCACAGAGAAUGUCUGUGCCGACAUCUACCGGCCAGGGCGGAGGGCUACGCUUGGACACUGGUGUUCAGCACCAGCCAGCACGGCUUCAGUUUGAACAGUAUGUACAGGAAAAUGGCGAAGCUUGAGUCGCCGAUUUUACUAGUGAUUGAAGACACUGACAAUAAUGUAUUUGGUGCUUUAACUUCCUGUGCCCUUCACGUCUCGGACCACUUCUACGGCACGGGCGAGUCGCUGCUGUUCCGCUUCACGCCCCACUUUCAGGUGUACAACUGGACCGGCGAGAACCUCUACUUCAUCAAGGGCAACAACGAGUCGCUGAGCAUAGGCGCGGGCGACGGCAAGUUCGGCCUGUGGUUGGAUGGCGACCUCUACAUCGGCCGCUCCGAGUCCUGCAAAACGUACGGCAACGACGCGCUCACGCCCAAGAUCGACUUCGUCGUCAAGACGCUCGAGUGCUGGGCCUUCAUAUCCAACUAGAGAUCGCCGCCGCACUUGAAAACGAGCUUUAAAUGUGUACUUUCUACGAUAUACAACAAUACUAAUACUUAAUGGUCUAGAACAGGUCAGAAAGAUGAAAAGAAGCGCGCGGGGUGUACAGUGUUGUCGAUAAAAUCCGCAUCGAUCGUGGGGAUUGCAAAAUGUUAUGCUGGGUUCAUAAUUCGAGUGUUAGUCCUAACCUUACUCUUAACAUUAACCCUAAAAACUUAAGGAAAUUCUGUUCAUACAUUCAUACUUCUAUUUAUCUUAAGAAUGUUUUGAGCUAACCUAAAACCUAACUUCACAAAUAUUUUUAAAAUUUCUAAUAUUAUUACAAUGAAAAAGAAUAUAUUUUUAAAAUGAUACAAUUUACUUGUUUGUGAAUAAACAUUAAUAAUUUCUA